CCAUGACCUCGUUCCCUGUCGAAUUUGAGAUCACUCAUUAGUACAUUUUAGCUUGUCAGUAUCCAUGAGGAAGUUAUUUGUGUUAUGAUAGUCAGCAGUAGGAGCUUCCACUAAUAAGGAGGUAUCAGCAUUUUAUUUAGCGAACAAGAAGGCGUACAGGCUAAGUAUUUGAACAUUUCUAACCCUUUGAACUGUAAGCAUCCGUGCAUUUACGAUGGCUCCAAGGAAGAAUUCCAGAAACCAAUCCAAAAAAGAGGUGAAGCCCACAGCAGUGGUGAAUAAGAAUGGUGUGAAAGCGGAGGCUGCUACUGCUAGUGGGGGUGUUGCUAGUGGGGGUGGAGGUGCUGCUAGUGGGGGUGUUGCUAGUGGGGGUGGAGGUGCUGCUAGUGGUUUUAGCGGCACUAAGAUCUUCACCUGGUUCAUGGUUCUGGCUUUGUUGGGGGUGUGGAGCUCCGUGGCCGUGGUGUGGUUAGACCUGGUGGACUACGACAACGUCAUUGGUAAACUUUCAGUGUAUGACGCAGAUGGCGAUGGUGACUUCGAUGUGGAGGACGCCAAAGUACUACUCGGAGUGAAGGAGAGGCCGGUUUCUCUGGUGCAGAAGGAAGCCAAGGAGGAAUCUGCUGUGGAAGAACAAACCGAGCCCAUUGUGGAGGAAGUCAUCCAGACAACAGAGGGGACUGAGGAAGAAGAGCAGCUUCCACCGAACCCGUCACAGGAGCAGCAGGCCCUGAAGCUUCCUGCCAAUGUCAUUUCAGCUGCUGUCCAUCUCCCGCCGAUAUCAGAUGAUUUUGUCCCAGAUGACAGUAGAGAUGAAGCAACACAACCUUAUGAAGAGUCAAAGCAAUUUACUGACCGGCCAGGCUCCCAGGAGACACGGGAAGCAGAGGCUGAAUCAGUCCCAGAACCGGAGGCUAACGUGGAAUCUGUUCCGGACCUGGAAGCUGUCCCACAACUGAAAGAUGAAGCCGUCCCAGAACUGAAAGAGGAGCCAGUGGCAGUAGAGGAGGAAACAACACAGGAAGAUUCAGAAGGCAAUGCAGAGGACCAACCAGAGGAUAUGCUCAAAUACAAAGCCAAAAAGAAGAAGCCUAAACUCCUGAAUAAAUUUGAGAAAACGAUCAAGACAGAAAUUGACGCGGCUGAGAAGUUACGUAAAAAGGGGAAAGUGGAGGAGGCUGUCCGGGCUUUUGACACUCUAGUUCAGCAGUACCCCCAGAGUCCAAGGUGUCGCUAUGGGAAAGCCCUGGCCGAAGAUGACCUGGCAGAGAAGAUGCGCAGCAACGACAUGCUACAGAAGGCCCUCAGCACGUACAAGGAGGCGUCAGAGCUGCCCAACGCCACGCCUGACCUCAUCAAGGCCACACUGAAGAAACGGGCCGAACGUCAGCAGUUCUUAGGUCGUAUGAGGGGUGCCUUAGCCACGUUGGAGAAGCUGGUACAGAUCUUCCCUGAGGACGUGGCCCUGAAGAACGAUCUGGGCGUGGCUCACCUGCUCAUCGGAGACAACAAGAGCGCCAAGAGGGUCUACGAGGAGGUGUUGGCCAUUGCACCAAGUAACGGCUUUGCUAAAGUCCAUUACGGCUUCAUCCUCAAAUCAGAAAAUAAGAUAGCAGAGAGCAUCCCAUUCCUCAGGGAUGGUUUGGAAUCAGGAGACCCUGGCACAGACGACGGCAGAUUUUACUUCCACCUCGGAGACGCCUUGCAAAGAAUGGGAGACGACAGUGCCUACAAGUGGUAUGAGAGAGGGCACCAGAGAGGUCACUUUGCCUCCGUAUGGCAGCGAUCUCUCUACAAUGUGGACGGUCUCAAAGCCCAGCCAUGGUGGACGCCCAAGGACACUGGCUAUAUGGAUCUAGUCAAGACCCUGGAGAGGAACUGGAGGACCAUUCGAGACGAGGCCCUGUCAGUGAUAGAUAAAAGCACCGGCCUCUUUGUUCCAGAAGAGGAGAACCUCAGAGAAAAAGGGGAGUGGGGCCAGUUCACACUCUGGCAGCAAGGCAAAAAGGCAGGGGAGUCCUGCCACAGUGUUCCAAAGACCUGUGGCCUGUUGGAACGCUACCCAGAGGCAACAGGCUGCAAGAGAGGACAGAUCAAGUUCUCGGUGAUGCAGCCUGGUACUCACGUCUGGCCCCACACGGGGCCCACGAAUUGUCGCCUGCGCAUGCACCUGGGCCUGGUCAUCCCAAAGACAGGCUGCAAGAUCAGGUGCACCAACGACACCAGGGCUUGGGAGGAGGGGAAAGUGCUCAUCUUUGAUGACUCCUUUGAGCACGAGGUGUGGCAGGACGCUGACAGCUACCGGCUCAUCUUCAUCGUGGAUGUGUGGCACCCCGAGCUCACCCAGUACCAACGGCAGACUCUCUCCCCCAUUUAAAGAAUGUACGGCAAAAUGACUGACAGACUGUCACCUACUGGAGUGCUGGGGUUAACACUCUUGACCCAUAAGAACGGAAGGGUCCAUAGUAUCUGGUCUCUGUCUGUCCACCCAUUCCUUCACAGUUGGCCAUUUUAGGUCAAAGGUGACAAAUGUGACACUUGCCCUUGCUCAGUCAAGGGCUCCAUUUUGGAACCGUCUAGAAGAGUUACUGAAGGCCCUGUCAGAUUGGAAAAAGCCUUAGUGACACUUUGGAACACUGACUGCUAAAUGUGGUACUCGCCAACUAGGUGUUUAGGCCAAAAUGUGGAUUUACGGUAAGGUGUGGGUUUAAUAUCACAUAGGCUGUGUUGUAAAUGUAUCACAAGUGCAUUCUUGUUUUUCAUUAGUCAACCAAAGUGCCAUGUGUCUGAAACAUACCUAACAUACAAACGGUAACUGAACAAAACUUUAGUAUUGCAGCUAGUGAUUUUAAUGUUGUAUAGUUACUGAUGUAAUUUCUGGUUUUUAUCCCAAUCUUAAUCGUUUUCUUUCCUCAAGAAAAGUUAUUUGAUGAUUUUCAUGUUCAAGUCUUCAAAAACGUAAGGUAAGAACACAAAUAAGAUUAGAGUAACACGGGAAACUAUCCCGUUAAGAUGUUGCUAAGCUAGCUAAAACUCUGCUAGCUGUUGUUUCUCUAACACUUGAUUGGUUAUUACACAGCUCUUAUUGCAUGUAAUGGUCAUGCAUUAACUUCAUGUUACUUCCAUAGCUUUAUACAGUAAUCUGCCUCUUACUUUUUUGGGGGUUCUAUUUUUAGUAAUACAGAAACACUGCUUAUUAGGUCAUUCCAUUUCACUCGUAUGAUUUUUGCAUGUCACUUUAGAUUAAUGGAUGGGACAUCACAAUGCCAAGAAUGUUUUUAUUGCAGAAUUAAUAUUGUUAAAAAAAAAUAACAUUUUUGUACGCUGACAAUAUAUUUUCAACUGUGCCUUGACCUGGGAGCACACACACUGCCCAUUAUACUCAACAGGCUUGUCUUUGUAAUUUAAAGUCCUGCCAAACUUGUGUAUUUACAUUCUUAAAUGUAUCAAAUAUGAACAUUUUACUGAAGGGAUAUAUUUUGUACAUGCAUAACAUUUGAAUGUUUUAUAAAAUGCUAAUUUACCUGUGUAAAACUUAGGCAGGAGCAUGUUGAAUGUACCCCAGUCUUGUCACACUGCAUUCCAAACCUGGGUCAAAUACAUAUGUCAAAUACUUCCCAAUACUUCAAAUGCGCUUCAUUUAGUUUGCCAUGUACAAUGGAAUAGUCCCUAAAAGGAGAACUCCGAGCUAAAUAAAGUGCACUACAUAGGCUAUACUUGAGUAUUAGAAAGUAUUUCACCCAGGUCUGCUGCAUUCCAGGUAUAGCAAAGCUGACUAGAAGGGGUCUUUGCUUGACCAGUGUUGAUAUUCAAAAGGAAAAAGAAAUGCCGAAGCAUAUUCUUCUAGAUGUUAUUUAAUCACUCUCUAUGUGCGUUGGUAAUCCGCUUCAUCGCAGCAAUGAAAUCAUGUCCAAAUCAGUCCAGUGGUAUUAUGCUGAGUUCAUGUGCUAUCAGAAUAAUCAGAAACUCAGGACUAAGAAAUUCCUGGCAAGCCCACGGACUCAUCAUAGCUACCUGUUUCAGAUGUCCAAAACCGCUCAUACUGAUCUUACAGGUAGGAAAUACGAGUGGGAAACUGGGGUAACAUCAUUGUACCCCACGUUUCCUACUUCAGAGGAGUAUGUAAACACAUCAUAAUGCCAUGGGUCGGAGUCAUUCGUUAGGACUAUUGGAUGUCAUCCUGUCUGCCCAAAAAAGGAUGAACUUUUCACCCAAGUGUGGCUGUCUGUCAUGGACAUGGGUGUUUUGGGGUUAUCUGUUUGGGUUGUGAUGAUAACAUAUUCAAGUUAUCCUCCUGGCUUCAAAAUUGUUUCUUAGUUACAAUGGGGUAGUAAAUCAAGCACGUUCACAAAAGCCACAUCGUUUGAGAAUUAUUUCACAUUUUGUGGUACUCUGUUAUGAAUUUAUCACUUUUUGUAGUGUUGAAAUCACUGAGCUGUUCCAUCUGUUGUAACUUGGCCUGCCAAGUAAGUAAUGCAUCUUUCAAUUCUAUUUUGUAUGUUGUAAUUAGUUGCACUGAAUAAUUGUAAACUGAAUAGCUUCUUUUCAGUAAAUGAAAAAUGAGGUCAAAAUGGUGUCAAGUGAUAUAAACAGAAAGUUGUGUUUAUUUA